ACAAAUUCUAAAAUGAAUAGGAAAAGCGCAUCCCAAUAAUCCCCAAAUUCCACAUUCAAACCCUAAUCCCGCCCAAUCGGUUCCUUCAGAAUUCCGACGAUGACUUCGCGUAACUGGUCGGUGAUUCUUGUCUUCGGAUUGACCCUAGCUAUGGCGGUCGAAUCGUCGCCGGAAUCGGCAUUCUACGGUGCCUUGAUCUCCAACGCCCUCCCGAUCGGUCUAUUCCCAAAAGGCAUCUCCGAUUUCUCCAUCGACCCCGCCUCCGGCCGAUUCCUGCUCCGUUUGCUCUCACCUUCCUCCUGCGAUGCGAAAUUCGAGACGCGGGUUAGAUACAAUUGCGAGAUAACGGGGAACUUGAGUUUCGGAAGGAUUGGUAAUUUGUCGGGAGUGGCUGCGCAGGAGCUCUUCCUAUGGCUGCCGGUGAAGGGAAUCCAGGUGGAUAUCCCGAGCUCCGGUCUGAUCUACUUCGACGUCGGUGUGGUUUCGAAGCAAUUCUCGCUGUCAUUUUUCGAGACGCCUCAGGAUUGCAGCGCUCCGGAGGAUGGGGAUGUUCGAGAUGGGGACGUCGUCGUUUUGUUAGACCAUAAUCAUGGUCGGCUUGCUGAGAAGCCUUCACAAAUAUCUGUGAAAGAAGUUGCUGUGGACGAGGGACAGAGAGCUGUGUCAUGAAUGCAAAAUGAUAACGAUCCACGACCAGGUAAUUGUAAAGUAAAUAGCUACUGUCUUUAUGAAUUUGUCCUAUGGAAUUCUUGAUUGUUCGCUUGUGUUUGUAUCAUCGUAUCGGCUUCUUCUGUCAAAGUCCAGGAAUACAUGUAAAUGGUAUGUAUCUUGCUUGAUCAAAGUCAUGUUUGGUUUAUCCAAUUAGUGUAUAGUGUUGUUUAAUCUUCUUCUUGUUAUUAGCAAUCAUGUGGUCGUGUUUGUUUUGUGUUUUAUGCUUAAAUCGAUGUUUUGUUUGAUGUUUUAUGAUAAUAAAAUGUAUUUUUGUAGGUAA